CAGGGUUUAAGGUUUUUGGCUCCUCGCGCCUUCCUCCACCAUCUUUUUCCUCCACAUGAUUCCGAAUCCGAAUCUAUCCGGCCCCCAUUUUUUCACCAUUAGCUAAAUUAUUCCCCAUGGCUGCUUCUAAAUUGUCCUCCUGCAUAGCCAUCGCUGCCGCGGCAGCGGCGUCGGCCGCUUCCGCCUCUACUGUCCAGAAUCGCGCCUAUGCCGACUCGCCCUUCCGCUUCCCCUUCUAUUCUUCUUCGUCUUCUUCUUCAUCUGCUCCUCAAUCGGAACAAUCAUCAAAUGCCAAAGCAGAUGAUAAAACCGAGCCCGAAGAGCCCAUAGGUGCUGGGUUCAAUCCGGAGGCUCUUGAGAGAGGCGCCAAAGCUCUUCGGGAAAUCAAUAACUCUCCUGUUUCCAAACAGGUUUUUGAUCUCAUGAGAAAGCAGGAGAACACUCGGUUGGCUGAAUUGGCAGCUGAGAAAGCUCAUUACGAAGCCAUUCAAACGCAUAUUGAUGUUGAGAGGCAGAGGAAGGUGGCUGAAGAGCAGUGGAAUCUAAUGCAACAACAUGCUCAGGCAAAAGCACAAAAACUGAGAUAUGAAGAUGAGUUGGCAAGGAAAAGAAUGCAGGCAGAUCAUGAAGCUCAGAGGAGACAUAAUGCACAAUUGGCCAAGAUGCAAGAAGAGUCAUCUAUAAGAAAAGAACAAGCAAGACAGGCUACUGAGGAGCAGAUCCAAGCUCAACAACGCCAGACUGAGAAAGAGAGAGCUGAAAUAGAAAGAGAAACUAUAAGAGUUAAGGCAAUGGCUGAAGCUGAAGGCCGAGCCCAUGAAGCUAAAUUGACAGAGGAUCAUAACAGGCGAAUGCUAAUAGAGAAGAUAAACGGUGAAAGAGAGAAAUGGCUUGCUGCAAUUAAUACAACUUUUAGCCACAUAGAAGGGGGUUUGAGGACUUUAUUGACUGAUAGGAAUAAGUUGCUUAUGACCAUUGGAGGAGCAACUGCUUUAGCUGCAGGAGUUUAUACUACUAGGGAAGGAGCUAGAGUAACAUGGGGUUAUAUUAAUCGGAUCUUAGGGCAGCCAUCAUUGAUUCGAGAAUCAUCCAUGUCAAAAUUUCCAUUGUCAGGGAUGAUGUCCCGAGUAAAGAACCAAGCUUUUAAAUAUGGUACAGCAGCUAAGGCAGCAGAAUCAUUGAAAAGUAAGAAGGGUCUUGAAAAUGUUGUUCUCCAUCCUUCGCUGAAAAGGAGAAUAGACCAACUUGCUAGAGCCACAGCAAACACCAAGGUUCACCAGGCCCCCUUCAGGAACAUGCUAUUUCAUGGGCCACCUGGCACUGGAAAAACUCUGGUUGCUAGAGAGAUAGCACAAAAAUCAGGAUUGGAUUAUGCAAUGAUGACAGGCGGUGAUGUAGCACCCCUGGGUGCACAGGCUGUCACCAAGAUCCAUGAGAUAUUUGAUUGGGCAAAGAAGUCAAAUAAAGGCUUACUGCUUUUCAUUGAUGAGGCUGAUGCUUUUCUAUGCGAGCGUAACAGUACAUACAUGAGUGAAUCACAGCGGAGAAAUUUCUUGAAUUUAAACACUCUCCCUUACUGUAUCCCCUCCUUGGAGAGAAAUAGGAAAAAGCGAGUGGGAGUACUAGAGAUGGGGAAAACAACGGUGGUGGUGGUGGCAAUGGCGGUGUUAUGGGUCGGAGUUUGCAGGGGAUGGGGGGAGGAAGCCACGGAGAGAAUGAAUGUUAAAGCAGAAGAGGUCAAACAGAGUGGCGGUGCAGCCAUGCAAGAUGCCAAGGACAAAACCGAGGCCUGGGUUGAUUGGGCUUACAACAGGGCUUUUGGAUACACUCCCAAUGCAAAAGAGGGAGCUCAAAAAAUGAUGCAUGAAGUGGGGGAUGCUGCCUCAAGGGCUACAGAGACAAUGAACUCUGCUGCAUCUGAAACUUCCAAGCAUGCUGUACAAAAUGCUAGGGAGGCAGCAAAUAUGGCUACUGGAAAGGUGGGUAAUGCAAAGAACUAUGCUUCUGGGAAGGUGGACCAAGUUAUUAGAAUGGCUUCAGAUAAGGCUGAUGAUGCCAGGGAGAGAAUGGCUGAAGGGAUAGCCUAUGGUAAAGAUAAAGUGGCCGAGGCACAUGAUAAUGCUAACCAGAAGGUUGACACUCCUGAUAUGUCUUCGGAUUCUAGAGAGUCAAUAGCUGGAGCAAUGAGAUAUGAGAAGGACAGGGCAGCUGAUGCUUAUGAUGGAGCUUGGCAGAAAAUGAACAUGGCUUCAGAUAAGGCCUAUGAUGCCAAAGAAAAAAUUGCAGGGUCAGUUGGGCAUGGGAUGGAUAAAGCAGCUAAUGCAUAUGAUGAAGCUAGGCAGAAAAUGAAAAUGGCUGCAGAUAAGACAGAUGCUGCAAAAGAGACAGUUUCAGGUGCAAUGGGAUAUGCAAGAGAUGGAGCAGCCAAUGCAUAUGAUAAAUCUAGGGACAAAGCUUCCAACAUGGCUUAUGAUACAAAAGAAAGAAUGGCUGGAUCAGCUCAAUAUGUAAGAGAUGGAGCUGCAAAUACUUACAAUCAUGCUUACAAACAAGCUAAAGAGAAACUUAACAUGGCAUCACAGAUGGCUUCAGAUAAGGCGUCUGAUGUUAGAGAGGGAAUGGCAGGAUCAGUGGAGCAUGGGAAAAAUAGAAUGGCGAAUUCCUAUGAUGAAGUUGUGAAUGAGGUUGGAGAGGCAUAUGCUUCUGCCAGGGACACUAUGAGUAACCAGGCUAAGGCUAACUAUGAGGCUGCCAAAGAAAGGGCUUCUCAGGCUGCAGGUGCUCUUGGAGCUAAGAUGAGAAAUGAUGGUUCAGAGCUUUGAAGGAAAUUACAGUUUCUACUUGGCUAUUUUCAUGAAGCUAUCUGUGAGUCACUAAUAUUACCAUGGCUCUUCUGUUCUCUCUUUUCCUUGCAACUUAUCUAGGAUUUUUGAGUUACUAUUGUUGAAGGAAUUUGCAUGUCCUCUUUCUUUUGUUAUUUCCAAACAUAGAGAAAUAGAAAUGCGUGUGCAAGAAUAGCGUUU